AUCACGAAUACACACCGGAAGUGAGAAGUCUGUUGUACUGUUUACUGUUGGUUGAUUGGUACACCUUGAAUACAAGGAAAGAUUCCAGCAAGAACAUGUUUAACAAGCUCAAGGAUAGAUACUUUAAGGAGGAAGAAAUGUCAAGUCAAAUAAGUACAGCAGCUUUCCCAGAAGGAAUCUUGCAGAUAAAAGACAAUACAAUUACAUUUAAAUCAGACAACAUCCGACAUGACGUCAUGUACGCCUUUGUUACAGAGUGCUUGAUAGAGGACAUUGAUCUGGAGUUCUUCUUAAACACAGCAUCGGGUAACGUGAUAACAGAAUACUGCCGGUCCUGGAAUUAUGAAAGAAGCGAGGGAGAGAGAUGUCUGUAUGUACCGGAAGAACCGGAGAUGUUAGAUCCCGUCAUUGAGAGACUACAACUAGACAUCAUCAAAUACUGCUCUAUAGCAGACACGGGGAUUCGUGAUAAGAUCAUUCAACGCUUUGAGAUUCCUGCAGAAAUACUAGAGUGGGACCAGGAGGCCAGAGAGCGGUAUGUGGAGUACGCUAAGAGAGGAACACAGACAGUCCACCACGCCCGGGGGAUGAUUGUAGGAUGUGCUGGGGCGGGCAAAACCACGCUACUCAAACGUCUGCUUGGUUGUAGUGAAGAAGAUAUUAAGGAAAUAAAAUCCACCGAGGGACUGAAGGUGCAUGAGGAAAUAUUUGAUAUAUGUGACGAAUCAAGAUCAUUUAAAG